AGUGUCGCACAUUCUCUGUUUCAUCAUUUCCGCGGCGCUGUCCUCGGGAAGGACGCACGCUCAGUUCUUACCGACUAAUCCCUCGCCUGUCCCAUUCUAAGGGGACCUCGACCUCUGUGGCAGAACCUCUCGAAGAGCCAUUGUCCGGUGCUUAUGUUAAACGCGCGCGCUCUUUGUGGCCUGUGCUGGCAUAUCUGGUGCUACAUACGGCGCAGCGGCUUAUUACACUAACGAAAGUGCAAUCUAUCACGCAUCCCUACUUGCUACUGCGAUGGGAGGGUGGCGUCGGCCAGAUUCUCCUAUGACGCACGAACUGAUGGCGAUUCGUCGCUACGCGUUAAAAACAAAACUUGUUAAAGGUCUCAAUUGGCUUAAGAAACAAGUCUCUUCGUUGCCACCUGCAAUAGCUCAGGAAGUUUUGGCAAUAUAUGUCAUGUGUGCCAACCAUUGGCUCAACAUGCCUGAAGGAAAACGGACUUGCUAUGGAAUAACUGCGAUCAAUUCGCUUGUGUUCAUCGCAUGGCAGAUACCUAGACUUCGGCCAUUCAUGGUUCGGCAUUUUAGUCAUCACCCCCUCUCAGGGAAAUCCUAUACUCUGUUCACCUCCAUGUUUAGCCAUCAAAACGCCAUUCACUUUCUUUUUAACUCCAUCGCCCUGCUCUCUUUUGGUGCUGCCUUCGAAGUGGCGGAUAGCCAACGCCCGGGCGUCCUCCAUCAACCUCAUGACACUGACCGGUACCACUUCCUCGCUUUCUACGUUUGUGCUGGACUCUUCUCUGGCGCCCUCUCUCAUAUUGUUGCAACUAGGGUUCGACUUCCCCGUUUAUUAUCGGCUUUGUCUGAUGCGACAAAAGCGAAAUCAAUGGAUCCCUCCAAAUCCACGAUACGUCCAUCAUUGGGAGCCUCAGGAGCCAUCUAUGGCGCUGUCGCCAUGACCGCGAUGGCAAUGCCCGAGACUCAUGUCACACUUAUCUUCUUCCCAUGGCUCCCAAUCCCAUCGCAGGUGGGCUUUGCCGGCGCAGUGGCAUUAGAUAUAGUGGGCAUCAUACGAGGCUGGAGGGUUUUCGAUCACUGGGCCCACUUGGGGGGUGCAUUGACAGGGAUGGCGUAUUUCUUCUAUGCCCCAUGGGAGAAAAUAAGGUUCAUGCUGUGGAGAACUUUUAGAUCGUAGAAUUGUCAUAACCUAAAGCAUUGCUAUAUGGAUCCAGCCAUACCUCCCCACUCUUGCAAUAAAUGGAAGUGAAGUUGGUGCAGUGAGGAAGAUAACUCGUGGUGGACACUUUGAAGCAUGAGUCGUGGUGGAGCUGCCCUGAACCCCGCCCCGGCGUAAACACAAAUCUCACCCCUAUC